AUGCCGUUGUCUUGGCCCCCGUCAAACCCGGGUGAUAAUAUCAUCUUCAGCUGGCACGGUCCCGGCUCGUACCUUGCCUGGCUACUCACGGCCCACGCCACUUCGCUUUCAUCUAUCAGAUAUGCAAAGUGCCGAAAAGGUAACCCUGAGACUCGAGCUCGUGGCUACGCUGCUGUACCCGUUCGUUGCCCGUUGGAAAGGUUCGAAGAAUACCCGUACGAAGCCAUUGAGCACCGCCCAUCCACAGAGCGAGUGCUGGUUUAUUGUGUAACCCAGUUGGUCUUUGGCAUCGUAUUGCUAGCGAAACGACAGUCCCUGUGGCCAGGGAAUAGCUCACGGCUGACAGACCUGGAUCAGCGCAAGUCCGUUCACGGUGCUCCUGAUUCUCCUAAACACUUUCCAAGCUUGUUAUCUAGCACGCGACGCGGACAUGAUGGCGCUAUGCGCCAUUUAGCUUCAGUCAUUCACUUCCUGUUUUCCAAUGCGCGCCUAGCUCAGACGCAUACCCGUUUCUCUGUCUGCAGAUUCCCUGUGCGAUGGACUUCCCAUGCUUCGCACCCGCGGUAUCGUGAGCGCCUUGAGCAGGUUCCCGUUGGAAGCAGUGGUAGCAUCUCCUUGAGGGUUAUAGAACCUCCCAACGUCCCAGCAGGACAGAAGUCGAAAGUCCUUCUCUACCUCCCGCCCGGUUUGCUCUUCACGCAUUCGGAUGAUGUAUCUCGUGCCAUUUCUACUGCUGGCCAGCAACCUUCCAUAGAUUCCGCACAGCUACUGGCAUCAACAAGCCUGUGUACAACAGUUACAGUUAAUUAUCGCCUGGGGUCGCAGAUUGAUGAGAAUGGGAAGCAAACGUCUUUCAAAUUUCCGAUUCCGGUACACGAUACUCUCGCAGGGUUUGAUUGGAUACUUCGGAAUCUCGACCCUAGUUCUAUCAACGUGUUUGGCAAGCAUAUUGGCGGUUCUCUGGCUCUGAUGUUGGCUCUUACGGAGCCAAGGUUGAUAGCUGGUGUGGCGGCGCAAGACCCUAUAUGCGAUUGGGUUGGAUUGGAUGAUUACUGUAUAAUUGAGUCUGGGGAAAGAGACGUCUUACAACGGGAGAAGGACUUUGGGGCUUUUGGUGCUGGUGAUCAUUACGCCAGUGAUCACAAGAAGCGUGGCCGGAGGAAGAGACCGCCAAAGCCGGUACCCACAGACUUAGUUUCUCUCCUUAUAGCACGAAAUUCCCUUUUCCAUGCACCACAGAACUAUUUCGACUCGUUCGCAUCGCCUACGUUAUUCCUGAGGUCCUCUGGGAAGUACUGUCCGACUAGAUUCCCUGCUGUUUUCACGGGUCCAAAUUAUCCCAUCCCUGUUGUCCAACCGCCUGAAGAAAGCGAUAUGUGGGUUCUGACUGCGUCUAUACUGGAGGAUAUGGAGGCUACAAGAAAUGUCUCUGAAUCUGCAAAACAUUUCAUACGACGCAGGAAAACCCUCGCGAGAUGGCCACCAGUUGGAUCCGACUAUGGAGCGUUCUCGAAUACAGGAUAUAAAAAUGGUGCAUCGAAUACUGUCGUCCUGCCGAAUGUGAGGAUAUUCGUUCAUUCCAACCUAACUCCGGCGGAGGCCCAUCCCCAUGCGGAUUCGGCGGAUACAUUGCAUUCUAAACUCGAAAAAAUGGCUCUGGAUUCGGACAGUUCUGCAGCCUCCGAAAACAGUGAAGUACCAUCUACUACCAAUCAUCAGAGUCGCCAAUCGUCACCCCGAGGUUCGCUCCCAGACGUGAAGAAGAUUGGUGAAGAAACUGUCCUCGCGGCGCAAGGUGCCGAGAUGGUCGAACUAAUGCGCAGUGCGUGCUUUUGGGGUCGCGAAAAGGGCUUUGGUGAGAGCAGGGUGAAGCUGAUCCGGGUUCCAUACGAUCAUGCUUCGACGAGGGCGGGAAUCAAAGAAGGUGAAGAGGAUAGUAGUAGUAUGGCGCUGCCUGAAUGUGGGGUUUCUGCUAGGAAUGAGCUUGGUAGGACGGAGCAGAGGCCUUCCAUCCCCAUUGAAGAGCAAGCUGGGGAAUGGUUUCGUGAUCUGGGGGGGACCUAUCCAGCGUGGGUGGGUGGUUAUGGGGAAUAUACCCUUUCAAAAGUUGACUCUGGAUAA